AUGAUCAAGGAGAUCUCCGCCGCCCUCCUCGAAGCCGAUGUCAACGUGCGCCUCGUCCAGCAACUGCGGAAGUCCAUCAAGUCGACCGUCAACUUCAAGGAGCUGCCCCCAGCCGUCAACAAGAAGCGCCUGAUCCAGAAGGCAGUCUACGACGAGCUCGUGAACCUCGUGAACCCCCACAACGAGCCAUUCAAACCAAAGAAGGGCCGCAGCAAUGUCAUCAUGUUUGUCGGUCUACAAGGUGCCGGAAAGACCACCACGGUCGGCAAGCUGGCAAGGCAUUACCAGGCCCGGGGCUUCAAGGCCUGCAUGGUGUGCGCCGACACCUUCCGAGCCGGUGCCUUCGACCAGCUGAAGCAGAACGCCACCAAGGCCAAGAUCCCAUACUACGGUAGCCUGACAGAGACGGAUCCCGCAGUGGUCGCAAGAGAAGGUGUUGAGAAGUUCCGGAAGGAGAAGUUCGAGGUUAUCAUCGUGGACACAUCAGGAAGGCAUAGGCAGGAGUCGGCGCUGUUCCAGGAGAUGGUCGACAUUCAGGAGGCAGUGAAACCCGACGAGACGAUCAUGGUACUGGACGCGAGCAUCGGUCAACAGGCCGAGGCGCAAGCAAAGGCUUUCAAGGAGGCGGCUGAUUUCGGUGCCAUCAUCAUCACCAAGACGGAUGGCCAUGCCAGCGGUGGUGGUGCCAUCUCAGCAGUCGCGGCAACACAUACACCGAUCGUGUUCAUCGGCACCGGAGAGCACAUGUUGGACCUCGAGCGCUUCGUGCCAAAACAGUUCGUCUCGAAGCUCCUGGGCAUGGGUGAUAUGGCAGGCCUGGUCGAGCACGUACAAUCUCUCAAAUUAGACCAGAAGGACACGAUCAAGCACAUCACCGAGGGCGUGUUCACCAUCCGCGACCUGAGGGACCAGCUCCAGAACAUAAUGAAGAUGGGGCCGCUCUCCAAGAUGGCGGGCAUGAUACCCGGCAUGAGCAACAUGAUGGCGGGCAUGGACGACGACGAGGGCAACGCCAAGCUGCGGAGGAUGAUGUACAUCUGCGACAGCAUGACCAAGAAGGAGCUCGACUCGGACGGCAAGCUCUUCAUCGACCAGCCCGAGCGCAUGACCCGCGUCGCCAAGGGCUCCGGCACCAGCGUGAGGGAGGUCGAGGACCUGCUCACGCAGCAGCGCAUGAUGGCCGGCAUGGCCAAGAAGAUGGGCGGCAACAUGAAGAACAUGCAGCGCGCCCAGGCGGCCAUGGGCGGCGGCAACAAGGCCCAGCAGAUGGCGGCCAUGCAGAAGCGUCUGCAGUCGAUGGGAGGCGGCGCGGGCGGUGGCGGCGGCAUGCCCGACAUCUCCAGCAUGAUGAAGAUGCUGGGAGGCGGAGGUGGAGGCGGUGGGAUGCCGAACAUGGGCGGUAUGGACAUGAACGCCUUGAUGAAGCAGAUGGGCGGCAUGAUGGGCGGUAUGGGCGGUAUGGGUGGUGGAGCCCCACGGGGUGGGAGGCGGUAG